CCUUAAAGUUUGUUUGUUCGCGGAAUGCGGUGUGUGAUGAAAACGUGUUACUAACCCCGUUCGGCGAUAAUCAAAUGAAUCUGAUUGGAAUAUUCGAUACAUAGCUUGGACUUCUGAGACACCUACGGUGCCAUUACGCAUGAGACUUCUAUAGUCGAUCUACGUUUUCCUCGCUGCGUUGAGGCACCACCAACCAACGAUUAGGUAUCGGUGUUUCAACAUACAAGAUCUGAAUUACAACGACCUCAAUGCAAAUCUGAAAGGAGGAUAUACACAGCAACAGGGAUCAGAGUUGUGGAAAGUAUUUGUAUGUGAGAUCACGGAGGUUUCACCGUGAGCGUCUCAUCAGUUCAAAUUUACCUAACUCUGCUGGGUUUGAUCGCUGCUUGGUCAAUAGGAAAGAUACGGUUCCGCGCAUGGACUCAAGAGUGACAUUCCACUAGUAGCCAAGAUAAGCUUUACGUAGCUACCAGCUGGUUGCUAAGAAGGGUUAAACUGUAUCUAAAGGGAGUUGGAAAACCCAGCCUUUUCUUCCACACGGAUCAACUCAUUGGGUGGGAGCUGAGAGAGAGACAAGAGUCCCCAGCAAAUCAGGACCUAAUUGAUUAAAGAUACUUAAUUUGAAUAGGGGGCUGGCGAGGUGCCAAUCGCCUUUCAAAGAACCCUGUAUGAUUAAUCGCAAAGCAUUAUUGAUAAUCAUAACAGGACACAUGCGCGGUGGAUGGGCUCGAUUUUCGUCAUUUUGAGCAGAUUUUGUAUUAAUUUUGUAUUAUUUCUUGGCUGAUGUGUGAGCCAGCAUGUCGCGGAGGAAACAAGCAAAGCCGCAACAUUUCCAAUCCGACCCUCAUCUGGCCUUAUCCGAGCACAAUGGUAAGUUCGGGAAAUGGAUCGCUCUUAUCCAAGCUACUAUCUUUCAAUAUCUGGUUUACAGAUUUUUUUUGUCUUUUUAGGGUUGUUUCUUUUUGGAUAGGAACUAUUCCCCCUUUUCUAAGUUAGCCUAAUUUUCAAUGAAACCAUGCAAUUUAUAGUCUCAAAAUCAGCUUAUCACAACUAGACACAUUUACUAUGUGUUUAGGCUAUCUACUUAAUGAUCAAACUAUAGGCCGUGCCUUUUGUAUAUCGCUCUAAGACACAGUAAAAUACUUUUAUUCUUCGAAAUAUCAUAUUAUUGCGUUUUGUUGUUCAUACAACUAGAAUGAAACUUUAUGUUACAAAAUAUAACCGUUAAAAAGUGCAUGCGUUAUAAUCUUGUUAUUAGGCUGCUUAGUCUACUUUUACCUCGACAUAGGCUUGUCUGUAGCCUACACUUUUAGUAUUCACUUUUUAGAACACUUUGUGUGGUAGGCUACAAAGUUUGAGUUUUUAAUCAGCAUUUUUGUUUUACACACUUUGGAGCAAGUUUCCUCUAUUGCUGCGGCAGGCGAAGUUGCUGCAGCGAGACGCUCCUUCAAGUUUCUGCUUUUGUAGUCGACUCAGUUUUCACUCCAAUCAUUGCCCAACUGUACACUGUGCACGGACAAGAUACUUGUGCGUCGAAAUAACCAAUGUUUAGGCAUAUAUAGAAUAUAAAUAAUAAUCUGCAUACUCUUAUAAAGUUUCUACUGUUUCUGACUGUCGCGUAUGUAGGCUAGUCUACAAAGUCGGUAUUUCUCAGCCAAGCAUUGGCUAGAUGAAAAUCAAAUGAUAUAUGAUAAAAUAUAAUCAUUAUUUGCUUACAAUGAAUACCUUAUCGAUUUUCAGUUUGUGGACAUCUUUGUGGUCUUAAUGGUGGAUGGUAAACAUUAGUUUACAAAUUAUAUGUAAACAUUAGUUUACAGGGAGGUAGCUCAGUUGGUAGAGCAUGGCGUUUGCAACGCCAGGGUUGUGGGUUCAAUUCCCACGGGGGGCCAGUAUGAAAAAAAUCAAAAUAAAAUAAUAAUAAUAAUAAUGUAUGCACUCACUAACUGUAAGUCGCUCUGGAUAAGAGCGUCUGCUAAAUGACAUAAAUGUAAAUAUGACUUUUAAACCACAAUCUCAAUGUGAUGCUCGAUGCAACAGAACACUGAAGUCAUAAUGACCUUAUAGUUAUUAUGUAUAUCAUUAUUUAAUGUUAAUACAUUAUAAUAGUUUUAGGCUUAGCCGCAUGCACACUUUUUGUUUACUUCCUACAUUUCCCUUGUGUAUAUUCCUAAACCGAAAAUAUUUAAAAACUGAAAUGUUAGUAUAGAUGACAUACUGCUUCCGAUUCUCUCUCUUUCGCCCCCCCCUUUUCACACACACACACACACACACUGAGAGAAAGAAACAGUGAGGCACAGAGGCCUGUUAUUUUACGAGAUAAACAAGUUAACUUCUCCCUGAAACUUCUCUCUAUCAUUUUCCAAAAUAUGUAAAGAGUUUUAUGUUCAUUUACUUUAACAAAAGCUCAGCACCAAAUUACCGUGAAAAUGAGCUGGUAUAAAGAAAUAUGUCAAGUUGUGGUUGAGAGCAUCAAAAAGAUGGUUGCUUUUGGAAGGCUUUGUCACACUUGCGAGUUUCCACUACUCCGAAGUGACCAGCUGUCCAUCUCUGUUAAGUCCACCCAACAGUCACGUUUCCUCUUAUGAUGAUAACUUUGAUAAAAUGAUGUCUUCCAGAGCGACUUACAACAAGUUGGGCUUUAAUUUUCUAUUGCUAAAGAUGUGCUUUAGACCUGAUGUGAAAAACCAGGUUAUGGAAGUAUGAAAACGUUUUUUUUUAUAGGCCUACAACACCUAUAGCCAUAACUUUCACCCUAUAGUGUUUGUAAGGUAUUAUGAUUCGGCAAAGUUUAAGUUUCACUAUCUUAAAAAUAGCAAGCAAUUUCCAGAUUAUUAAAGUUUGUAUAUUCUAUAUUGCCUCAAACGUACAAUUUAAUGCAAUAACCAUUAAAAAAAAUUGUUGAAUGGUCGUAGUGAAACGACUGUAGUUUCGAUCUAAAAUUGUAGAAUUGUAGAUGUAUUUCAAAAGUCUCAAAUAUAUAGUAGAUUUAAGCGUUGCGUUUUCUCUGUUCAUUCGUUUAAAUGGUUAGAGUAGGCUUUGUCUUUUUGCAGAUGAUAUUGUCAUUGGCUUUUUUCAAAGGAAAUCAUAAGCUUCUGUCUCUGAUACAGUUUCCAUUUGACUUGUUUGUAGUGACUGCUCUAUAGUAGCCCAUAUUACACUAUUAUUACUAUUAUUAGUAUUCAUAUCUGUUUGUUAGAAGUGUUUGCCAUGACAUAGCCUACAGAAAGAAAACAAUAGAGGCUCUUUUAUUUACCCUAUAUGGUUGUUUUUUCCAUACACAUUGUCUAUGUAUUUUCCUUCUGAAGAGUUGUAUGGAAAGAUAUUUUCAUCGAAACAGUCCAUUUAGUUUGACUUAUUUUUACAUCUAUAUUUUUGGAAUGACUUGACGUUGUCCAUGUUUUAAGCUGUUUGCUGUGUGUACAGCAAUGUUGUUUGCAGUAUACUUUCAGAAACACGUUAUGCUAACUGGAAAUAAAGGUCUGUUUCACCCAACUAAAAAAACCUUGCAUGAGAAGCAUUUAUUGCUACCUAAGGUUGCAUGAUUUUGUUGGAACUAAGGAUCAAUGCAAAACAUUGUCUAUACCUAGAAUCAUACUUGUUUUUCCAUGACUGUUGCGUUUUCCCUCAAAUUUAAUAAAGUAGUGAAUAGUAACUUUAGUCAUUCUCUGUCAGCAGACUGGUGCCUAUUGAGUUUCACAAUAAAUAACCCAAAUUCAUUAUGCGUUAAACAAGCUGAAAAUGCAAUACCUGUAAUUCUGGGUUAGGGACAUGGAAUACUUGCAUUUCUGAUAAUGGGUUGAUAAUUCUAGAAUGUGUGCUCAUGACUGAGAGAUCUCCUGUUUGUGUGGAACUGGAAAGUCCUCAGGAGUCUCUGUAUGCAAAAUAAAAAGAGGGAGGCUAACAUUCCCAAUACACUUUAAGGAGAUGCUGAGGGCAUUUUGCAGCUGGGUAGUUAGUGUAUGAGGCUGUGAGAGUCAAGGCUGUCUGUCUGUCUGUCUCUCAUCUCGUCGCUCCAAGAGAGAGAGAGUUCUCGGGAGGGAUGUUGAGCUGUUUUAACCUUUGCCAGAGUCCCCCUGUGUCUCCCUGUGUGAAGUUGAUGAGAGUUCAGGCCGCAGUGUGUUCUCCUGUACCUCGUCAUUGACCCCGCUGAUCAGAGCCACAGGGGCCUAGCAGGGACCCUGUCCUCUAUUUGUGAUGGGGGGGUCUUAUCAAUGUGACCGCCAUCCCCUUUCACCCUGCCAGAGUAGCCCCCCCAGAGGGAGAUCGGCAGGGCGGUCCCCGGCCCUUCGCACUGUUGUACCCCGCAAACAACAGGGAUUCAGUUACUUGUCAUUUUGCCAAUGUUUAUAUAGUGGAAGGCUGAGAUGUAUCCCGGCUGAAGGACUUGCUUGCUUUUCUCCCUUCUCCUCCCCUUUAAGCUUUAAGCAUGUCACCAGGGCAAAGCUGCUAAGGCUGGGGCUUGUCCGUCCGGGAAACGGCAGCUUUAGUGGAACCCCAUCUAGUGUUCACUGGGAUGAUUCCAGUGAGGCCAGCAGUGUGAGGGCUGGAGAGGAGAUGGGUUAGCUCAUGCAGGCAUCAGACAUCAGACAUCCUACUGAAUUCACAAGUGUGAAGAGGCUUGAAGCCAGCGUCCCUGCAAAGUAACGUAGGAACUCUCAAAAAGCUACUCUGUCAUCUUUUCUACUAAUCAACAUUUCUAUCUCCCUUAUUAUUCACUCGCUUCUGUCCUUUUUCUCAGAGGAUCUCGGUUUUGGUAUGUGUCUCUUCUGCCUCCCUGAAGGCCUGUGCUCUGGUGACUCCUUGUUGCAUGAUGAUGAUGUUGAGAUUUAGCAGUUUUAGGACACCACUUUUAUACAGAGUAACACAUUAUUUAUAUUCAGAGAUAAUCCUCAGCUAUUUUUUAAAACAUUGACUAACUUAUGCACGGUUGCUGUAGACAUUUGGGCGUUGUGUGUAUUAGAGCUGUUCUCAUUUAGGCUGCGUAUUUGUUGGUGUUAUUUUCAUAGUAUUCAUUUUUUUUAUUCAUAAAGAUAUCAGAUUAACAAAAUAUUCAAUAUCAUCUCUUUUUAAAUGCAUGUCUACUUAUGUAAACAGACAUGAUUACCUCAGUAAAUGAUUAUAGAUUUAAGACUUUCAGAUACUGCAUGCUUCUGAGAUGUUUUACCAUUUUUAAUAGUCAAGGUGGUGGUAUGGAAAUAGCUUCUUGUGAAAGAGCACAUUUGAGAUGGAAUAAUUUGAUUGUUUUACUUUGACCACUAUUUGCUUUACAAUCACUGAGUAUUUACGAAGGAAGGGGGUGGGGUGUGCUGGGUGUUGAGAGUAACACACUUUGAGAUUUAGAAAGUGAAUUUACCCCUUGGUUGGUCAAAUCCUAGCCUGUUACAAGUAUGUUAUUAUUACGGACAUAUAUAUAUAUAUAUAUAUAUAUAUAUAUAUAUAUAUAUAUUGUGGUUUCAGUGAAUGUUAUGAGAACUCUAAAGUUGAUAACAGAGUUACAUUUGGGCAUAUGCUCUUUGUUUUAUUUUUCUCUGUGGUUUUGGAUAUAGUUAUUUUGGUCGAUAAACACGAUAAUGUUUAGAUAGAAUCCACAAUGUGAUACAAUCCACAAUGUCCAGUUUCCAUUCACUUGAUAAAUGACAGAAUGUUCCAUUGAAGGAUAGGUAUUACUCUGUAUUAGACUGACUGCCUAACUAAAUAAGUUUUCCGCUAGUCUCUGAACAAACUUGAGCUAGUCACUUGUUCUUAGUGUUUUCCUACAGAUUCCAUUGGACAGUUUAAACAAACUUUUGGAUGUAUGGAAUCUUCAAUCUUUUUCUAUUUUUUUUACAUUAAUGAUAUGUGGAAAUAGUAGCUCGCGGCUUCAACAUGUGUGUCAUCACUACACUGCAGUGUACUUUAAUCUAGUACGAGAAUUUUUUCAUUGAUAGUGCACUUUUGUAAGUUUGUAAAAGUUUGCUCCUGUAGCCUCUAGGUACAUUUUUUAAGUUCUUAAAGGGGGGUUCAAGCGCUUUUAUUUUUUAGUUGACUUUGGAAAAGUUUUCUGACGUUUUUGGUUAGCUACAUUAGUAUUUUCUACAGCAGUGUAUUCAGGACAUUGUGUAAGUUGAUGUAUUUCCUCUUACUUAAAAUCCACUUUCAUUUGUUCACAUGGUCAACCAAUACCAAACAAAGAUAGUCUUCCUUCCCACGAGGUAAAUCAAACACAUUUUUCAUUACUGACGCUUUCAGGGGGGCUGCAUGGUUGAUAUUAAAAAGUUACCAUUAAAGUUGGAGCGAGUCUUCUCCGUUUGCAUGGUUAGAGUGGUGUGAGUCUGGGUUUUACUGUCAUGGCAACUUUGCGUUAUCUGAUGUCCCAGAGCAGAGAAACAUUGAGGGAGAUAAUCCCUGAAUUAAACAGGAUCUGCUUUGAGUCGGCCAAGAUGAGCAGAGCAGGCCAGGCCGUGUCGACUAGCCCGCCACUCCCAUGCUGAGUGAACAAUGGGAAGCCAUCCUGUCUCAGUGGGGCAGGGCCGCACUCCUCUCUGUCUCUCUCUCUCUCUCUCUCUGGGUUUCAUUUGCAAAUGAAUCCUCCUCCCUUUUUGCCCCUGAUGAAAAUGUAGAUGGCCGGCGCCCACAAUGAAAGGGAUUCAUAGAGAAUUGCAAUUUGUAUAUCAACUUGUAUGUUAAACAGUGAGAUGUUGGUUUGACAAAAAGGAGAUAGAAUGAGGAAAGUCUGGAGCACAGCAGUGGCCCAUGGGUGUUGUCUCGCCUUUUGUUCUUUUCACACUAACCCCUGUGUUUGUUGAAUGGACAUUGCAUAACCAAAAGCAGUUUCUAUGCACAUUUAAAAUACAAUUAUCAUUCAUUUUGCGUAUUCUUAUUGGCUGGUAUUGAAUUGCCUGUUGCUUAAACUGGUGUGGCCAGUUGCUUGGUUUUGGGCAGCAAGAUGUUCAUUUUAAUAUACUGUAUAUGACAGCAGCUCCACUCAUAGUUCUUGACUCACCAUUUGUAGUUAUGUUUUUGUUUUAUUUUUCACUAAAAAGUAUAUAUAAAGCAUUGUGAUACUUACACAUUUACAACACUACAAAUGAACAGUUGGAAUUCCGUUUUUUAUACAAAGUUUUAUACUUUAUGUUUAACUCUUCAUUUUAUAUUAGGUACUAUAAUGUGUUUUAUUUAUUUUAUGUGAUGUAUAUUUAUUAAAUAUACAUUACAUAUUUAUGUUAUGUAUAUUUAUUAAAAUAUGUGUUAUGUAAACAUUAUAGUAUAAUAAUGGCAUAUAUAAUUUUGCACCGUCUGUGUUGAGUGUCCGAGUGGCUAGAGAGAACAAUCUGGAAUCCAAAGGCUCUGUUUAUUGUUGCUGUCAGAUUCCGAUUGCAGCUUCAAUGGAUACAAAUUAGCUUAGUGACAGGGCUAACCUGUCCAAGAUGCCUGUAGUCGAGUUGAAAAUGAGCAAAGUUGACAGCAAAUUGAAAGUCUAAUAAGUCCUUCAAAUGGUUGAUUUACGCUCAGUGGACAAGUAGACAUUGAGGAGUAUGAAAUAUUGGAAAUCAAUGCUUCUCUAUGAAAUGUCAUUAAGCACCAAUGUCCUCACUUCAUAGUAUUUUAUAUGUUGAUGGAUUAUCUAUAGAAAAUGAUUACUUAAAAGAUGGUUGGAUUGAUGAAACCCAGAUGUACAUCUUCAAAGAUCACUUUUAGGCAAUAUUAGAACAAGCAUUAUUGAUUUACAUUCUUUUCUUAUCCUGUUUCUCAGAGUCACCACAUUAAAAGGGGUCUUUUACCUUUUUUCUCUUUGGUUUAUUGUUGCUUUUUUGAUGGUUGUUUUUUUGUGAACGUAUCAAGCGGAUAAGUGUAAAACUGAUUAAUUUAAGAUUAACAACAAAGGAAUUUGAAUAGAUAAAGCUGCUUCUUCAGCUGCAAAACAUUUGUAAUCACUAAUCCUCUGUUUCCCCCUCCUGUGUUUUUCAGGGGACACAGAGGAGCCCUGCUCGGAGGAAGACCCCCCCUACAAGGAGUCAGAUGCCAACGUCUGUAGCAGAUGUUGUGCUGAGUUCUUUGAACUAUCAGAUCUUGAACAGCACCAGAAGAAUUGCACUAAGAAUCAAUUAGUUCUGAUAGUGAAUGAAAAUCCUGCCUCUCCCUCCGGAACCUUCUCGCCCGGCUCCCCUCCACAUAAUCCUGAUGAGCAGAUGAAUGACACCGUUAAUAACACUGAUCAAGCGGAGUGCAGUGACCUUUUGGAGCAUAACGCUCUUGACAAAGAAGAAUCUAUGGACGUCGACGUUUCCGGAAUCAACGCUCAUCACGGUCACGAUAAUGAUGGAGGCAACAGCCACAUGGAAGGAGGCAGUCCCAUCAACAUGAACACGGGCAGUGGAAACAGCCACAGCUCCAGCAGGAACAGCUCUGGCCCAGCACCAGGCACCUCGACCAUCUCUGCCCCUCAGCUACCUCAGCUCGGCAACCUGACUGACCUGGGGAGCUUCUCUAUGAUCAACAGCAACGUCAUCAUCGAAAACCUGCAGAGCACCAAAGUGGCUGUGGCCCAGUUCUCCCAGGAGACGCAGCGCUCCUCUGGGACCGGGUCCGGGGGCCCCAGGGUGGCAGUGCCGGCCCUGAUGGAGCAACUCCUGGGCCUGCAGCAGCAACAGAUCCACCAGCUGCAGCUCAUUGAACAGAUCCGUCACCAGAUCCUUCUACUGGCCUCCCAGUCCCCUGAAAUGCAGGUGCCCCCCAGCAUCUCAGCAUCAUUAGGCUCGUUGGGGCAGUCAGCCAACCCACUGACCACGCUCAGCUCCCAUCUCUCUCAGCAGCUGGCUGCAGCCGCGGGCCUAGCACAGAGCCUGGCCAGCCAGUCUGCCAGCAUCAGCAGCCUGAAGCAGCUGGCUGAAAGGGCACAGCUACCUCAGAGCAACAACCCCAGCAGCGGUGAAUCAUCUCAGAGCAUCAGCUCACUGGGGCCGUCCACAGUCAACAACGCCCAGUCGUCAUCUGACAAGAGGCCAAUACAUGCGAUCAGCAGCAACCUCCACUCUCAGCUCAGCAACCCAUCACACACUAAGUCGUCCAUGCCAGCCUUUGGGAUAGGUAGCCUGUUGAACCCUGUAACUAAUCCACUUCUACCUCAGCCCCCCUCCGGCAACCCUCUAUUUUCCAGCUCCCUGCCCAGUAUUGGCACCACAGUGGAGGACCUCAACUCUCUGGCCGCGCUGGCCCAGAGGAAAGGCAAGCCACCAAACGUAACUUCAUUUGAACCCAAGAGCAGCUCAGAGGAGGCGUUCUUCAAGCAUAAGUGCAGGUUUUGUGCCAAAGUGUUUGGGAGUGACAGUGCCUUGCAGAUCCACCUGCGAUCUCACACAGGUGAGAGGCCGUACAAGUGUAACAUCUGUGGCAAUCGCUUCUCCACCCGGGGUAAUUUGAAGGUCCACUUCCAGCGUCAUAAAGAGAAGUAUCCACAUGUUCAGAUGAACCCAUACCCUGUCCCUGAGCAUUUAGACAAUAUUCCAACGAGCACCGGCAUUCCAUAUGGUAUGUCAAUGCCCCCAGAGAAGCCUGUGACCAGCUGGCUGGACAGCAAGCCUGUUCUCUCCACUCUGACCUCGUCAGUGGGCAUGCUGCUCCCACCAACCAUGCCCAGCCUGCCGCCAUUCAUUAAAAAAGAGGAUCAUUCGGUAGCCAUAACCAGCCCUUCCAUUUCUGCAAAGACUGACUCCGGUCGUGACGCUGCUGAGCCAUCAAUGAAAAGCAACGAUGGGGUGUCUGAAGAAGCUGCGGCCCUGCCUACGUCAAACGGGAAAACUGAAGAGGGCAGUCACUCGUCGAGCUUUAUGGCGAGAGUGAGCUCUGAGUCUGAGCGCAACACAGAAUACACAACCUCCAACAGCCCUCCUAUGAUGACCAACCCUCUCAUGCCCCUCAUGUCUGAGCAGUUCAAGGCUAAGUUCCCGUUCGGGGGCCUCUUGGACCCGCUCCAGGGGUCGGAGACCUCCAAGCUGCAGCAGCUGGUGGAGAACAUCGACAGGAAGGUGACAGACCCCAACGAGUGUGUCAUCUGCCACCGCGUGCUCAGCUGUCAGAGCGCCCUGAAAAUGCAUUACCGUACUCACACUGGAGAGAGGCCCUUCAAGUGUAAAGUGUGUGGCAGAGCCUUCACUACCAAGGGGAACCUGAAGACCCACUACACCGUCCACCGGGCCAUGCCUCCACUCAGGGUCCAUCACUCCUGCCCCAUCUGCCAGAAGAAGUUCACCAACGCAGUUGUCCUGCAGCAGCACAUCCGCAUGCACAUGGGAGGGCAGAUCCCAAACACCCCACUGCCAGACAGCUACCCUGAGUCCAUGGGCUCCGACACGGGUUCCUUCGAUGAGAGGAACUUCGAUGAGAACUUCGAUGACCUGGACAACUACUCUGAUGAUGAUGAUAUGGAGGGGAUUGAAGGGAUGGAGGGGAUGGAAGGAAUGGAAGACGGCCCUGACAGCAGCGUCCCAGACACCCCUAAGUCAGUCGACGCCUCCCAAGACAGCCUGUGCAAUUCCCCCUCUCACACCGAGAUGGUCGUCCAGGAGGGGCAGGAGAAAAACCAUCAUGCCCACCACAACGCCCACCACAAUACCCACCAUGAUAUCGACUAUAGAAUCCACCACAACAGCCACCAUAACAAUCAGCAUCACAGCCACCAUAACAACCACCAUAACAAUCAGCUUAACAGCCACCAUAACCCCCACCAGAGGCUGGUAGAGGAGCUGCAGGCCAGCAGAAUAAAGGCCAUGGGGAACGGAGGUUCAAUGGAAGGGGACUGCCAUCACUAACGACUCCUCAUCCCUGGGUGGGGACAUCGAGAGCCAGAGUGCCGGGAGUCCAGCUGUGUCAGAAUCUACCUCUUCCAUGCAGGCCUCGUCCCCCACCAAUGGGCAGCCUCAACAGCAACGUAAAUCCCCCAGCCUGGAGGAAAGACAGGAGAGACAGGAGAGGCACCAGAGGGCUAUGUCCCUGGAUCACAUCAGUGCCAGCCUCAUGCAGCAUCACCCUUCCAGCAUUGGGGCCCUGGACCUGACAUCCUGCAACCCGUCUAAAGACCCACUGGGCAUGCUCUUCCCAUUCCGCGAUCGCGGCACCUUCAAGAACACGGCCUGUGACAUCUGUGGGAAGACGUUUGCAUGUCAGAGUGCCUUGGACAUCCACUACCGAAGCCAUACCAAAGAGAGACCGUUCAUUUGCACAGCCUGUAACCGGGGCUUCUCGACCAAGGGCAACCUGAAGCAGCACAUGCUCACUCACCAGAUGAGGGACUUGCCCUCGCAGCUCUUCGAACCCUCCAACACCAGCCUCUCCUCCAGUCCGACCCCCUCCCUCCUCUCUGUGAACUCCCUGUCCUCCAUGAUCAAAUCAGAGGUCAACGGCUUCCUCCACGGCCUCCACCACCAUCAGGACCACCACAGGGACCACCAUAGGGACCAUCACAGGGACCACUACAGGGACCACCACAGGGACCACCACAGAGACAACCAGGACCGGGAUCACCGUAAGGACAUGCCCAGCAACAUGCCCCAUGGCCUGGUGACCUCCUCGGCCUCUACAUCCCCAGUGCCCUCGGCCUCUGCUCCUCCACGCCGGACACCCAAGCAGCACUACUGCAACACUUGUGGGAAGACCUUCUCCUCCUCCAGCGCUCUGCAGAUACACGAGAGGACCCACACUGGGGAGAAGCCCUUUGCCUGCCACAUCUGUGGUCGGGCUUUCACCACCAAAGGAAAUCUCAAGGUAAUUGUAUGAUUAUAAACAUUAUGAAUGCAAUAGGUAAAAUACACACAUAUUCAAAAUCUCAGGGCAAUUGUAUGUUUAAAAACAUUAUGAAUGGAUUUGGAAAAUGUCCACAUAUUUAUUCAUGAAUAUCUAUAAGAGGAGUAUAAAAAGCACCCGAAUUUUGGUCCACAACUUUGAGCAACAAAUUUAAGUGUGUUAUGUCAGUGCCAUUCGGAAGUAGUAAUGGACUAUAAUUGAUGAAAGAACCAGCUUAGCGGAAAGGUUGUAUCACCCCAUUAAUAUGAUUAUUGGGUAGAAACCUGAGAAUGUGAUCAGCAGAGCACAGCUGGGAAUGGUUCAGUUAACAGCAUUAACUACAGUUACCAGAGGCAACCAUCCUCAGUUUUCCAGAGUUUAUCCAGUGAAAAUCCCAGAGUUUCCCUUUGAUCAUUUGGAAAAGGUCCCUACUCAGAGAUAAACAGGAACUGAAGGGCCAAAUGUGAUCACACCACUGUGAGAAAUCAAAGGGGCGAAACGUAGAGAGGCGUAACAUUUAGGAAGGACUGUCAAAUGUAUAACCAGAUUGCAAUUACCAGUAAUCAGCACUAGUUAUAGUUCACACCCUUGUUGAUAUAAAAAUACAAUACCCUUAUUAUUUGUAGCAAGAGUUCACAUUUUGCUGAUGCUAUGAUUUUGUAGUGUGUUUUUAUUAAAAUAAUGUUUAAUUUCUAGCAAGUGAUAUUUUAAAACACAUUGCUAGAUGUGUGCUUUCUUGUGUGCUCUGGACAACAGAAUCAGUUGUGUAUCUGACACCUACAUGUUUGAACAUUGAUUUAAAAAGAAUAACAUAAUUAUCUGAAACACUCAUCCUUUCAGAAUCAAAAGAAGAAGGAAAAUACAUUGUCCUUGUUGGGAAAGGUCAUAGCAUGGGUAAAUGUCAGAUGUAAUACUGGCCAGGGCAAUGAGAGUGGGCACUGCAAUUUGAACAAAAGCACAAGGGUCUCCCUCAUGAGACAUUUGAAUUAAGGUUUCAGAUUAAAUGCAGUAUAUCAUCCUAGCCAUAAUAAAAUGGUUACUCCAUGCCCACGUCCCCACGCCUUUCACAGCUCACUGCACCAAUCCUCCUGCUGCACCCAGGGUGCUGAACUAUUUUAACGCUAACUUGCUGUUUAUUAUUAAAACAUUUUCCGUUGCAUCAUCUGUUACUAUGUGCCUUUGUUGUGACCAAGUUUUAAAUAUUGCUUAUCUCUCUCUCUCUCUCUGUUUCUCUCUCCAGGUUCAUAUGGGCACACACAUGUGGAACAGCGCCCCUGCCAGACGUGGCCGUCGGCUCUCUGUAGACGGCUCCAUGGCCUUCCUGGGCACCAACCCUGUCAAGUUCCCAGAGAUCUUCCAGAAGGACAUGGUGUCUAGGGCGGGCAACGGAGACCCGGCUAGCUUCUGGAACCAGUACGCUGCAGCAUUCUCCAACGGCCUAGCCAUGAAGACCAACGAGAUCUCUGUCAUCCAGAACGGAGGCCUGCCGUCUCUGUCGGGGAGCAUGGGGAACGGGGGCAGUUCGCCCGUGGGCGGCCUCACAGGCAGCCUGGAGAAGCUGCACAGUACAGAAUCCAAUGCCGCUCUGGCUGGCCUGGAGAAAAUGGCCAACGCCGAGAACGGGACCCACUUCCGAUUCACACGUUUCAUGGAGGACAACAAAGAGAUUGUCACCAACUAGAGACUUUUUUCCUCUCAUAUGUUCACAGA